GAGUGGUGAGUGAAGCUCGCUGCGAUCCUUCUUCUUCUUCUUCUUCUUCAUCUUCUUUCUUCUUCUGUCGAUUCAAGUUUCAUAUAGAUCUACACUUUCGAUUCUCAAAUUAUCUUCUGAUGCCGGCGCCGUAGCAGAAAUCGAGUCUUCAUCAUGGUCAAGAAAAGGAAGACAAAAUCUAAAACAGUAUCUUCGGCUUGUAAAGGUGUGGACAAAAUUAGUGGGUUAUCAGAUGACUUGCUGGUUAAGAUAUUAUCGUUUCUUCCAACCAAAGCUGCUGUAUCCACUAGCCUUUUGUCCAAACGAUGGGAGUGUCUUUGGAUGUGGUUGCCUAACCUUAAGUUCGUCAGUUGGGUCUCUGAGGCAAAAAGUUUACAGCGCUUUCUUAAUAGAAAUCUGCCAUUACAUAGAGCUCCGGUUAUCGAAAGCUUCCAACUUCAUAUUAAUACUCGGGGUUUUAAACCUGGAGAUAUCAAACUGUGGCUUGUAAUUGCACUUUCUCGCCACCUACGCAAACUUGAAAUUAGGUAUGAUCCUUAUUCCAACAAGCCAAACAUAUUACCGAGUAGCUUGUAUACCUGCAAAUCGCUUGUGACCUUGAAACUCCGUGGUAGCAUUCGUUUGGAUGUUCCUCGUAGGGUGUGUCUUCCCUCCCUGAAAACUUUGCAACUACUACUUGAUAAAUACUUUGAUGGAGAAUCUCUUCAACGGCUUCUGUCUAUUUGCCCCAUUCUUGAAGAUCUAGAGGUGUAUUUUGAUUCUGAAAAUGACGAUAUGGAUUUGCUCACUGUUAACGUCCCAUCUUUACAGAGUUUAUCACUCUGUAUACCUAGUGAUAGUGGAUGUCUUUUUAAUGAGUUGUUAGUCAUAAAUGCUCCUUCUUUGAAGUAUUUGAAACUUGAGGAUCUUGCUGAUUUUGGUCACUCAUGUAUGAUUGAGAAUAUGCCCAACUUGGAGGAGGCAUAUGUAGAUGUUAGAUACCCUGAUAUUUCAAGUCAUAUCGGGUUAAUCACAUCUGUUAAGCGCCUUACUAUUUGCUCAGAGACCGUGUAUGGUGAUGGUUUUGUCUUCAACCAGCUUGAACAUUUGACGCUAUGUGUAUGCACAGAUAAGUUGAAUCUCCUUGUCCGGUUGCUUGAAGAUUCUCCUAACUUACGAGUCCUAGACAUUGUUGAAAUGGAUCAUUAUGAUUCGCAUUGGGAGUAUCCACCGAUUACUGUUGAUGAAUGUAUUCUAUCGAGUUUAAAAACCUACAACUGGUCAGAAUACUUGGGAAGAAGGCCACAAGAGAAAGAUCUUGCGGUUUACGUCUUGGGAAAACGUUGGUCGCUUGAAGACUGCAACAAUCUCGUCUGAGACAUGUUUCUAUAUUCCAAACCUUAGAUGAUUAAGGAAUUGUCAACCUUCUUUCGGAGCAUUAAUGAAGAUUUUGGUACA